UGCAUGCUACACAUGACCACUAUAGGCCACGGCUGUCAGUGGUUGGAAGAGGCGCGGAGUCAGAACAUACUAGUAGGCUACACAAGUGGUGAAGGGAGUGAGUGCAUGCUCACAUACUGUACAGUAGGCUACAAGGACCAUGCCAAGUAAAGCUGGAGCAGCGACGCUGUGGCAAGAUUCUUAUCGAUUUUUUUUUGAAUCUAUGCAUUGUUAAGCUUAACAUUGGUGAACGACCGUCAAUAUUCGGAAAUCAUGUUAUUUGAGAGAAAUCCCGGCGUCUCUAAUUCUCGUAAGCAUUUGAGAAAAUCGUCGGUGAGUUCAUGUGUCUUAUUCGACGAAGUGGCAAUGUUUAAAGCUUGUGGAGCGGAAGCCCUUUGGAGUCUGGCUGUAUAUUUACAGUCAUAGUUUGUCAGAUGUAAAGCAUAGGUUGAACUAGCAAAUAGACCGAGACCGUGCGUCAGACACUCGCUUAAUGUAGCCUACAGUGGAAACAUAGUCGGUGUCUUCUAUGUUUAUCUCCGGGCUGGCCGGUUACCCUCUGGCUUUCGUUUCUCGCUGUGAUACAAAAUAGCGGCUCCAAAGGAUGCAGGUGAAAAAACAAAUGGGUUCGGACAUGAGCCCUGGAGAGGGCAUUCGUAAAAAGUCAUCAUGCUUCUCAAACAUCAAGAUAUUCUUGAUAUCGGAAUGUGCCCUGAUGUUGGCACAGGGCACUGUUGGAGCCUACCUGGUAAGUGUCCUGACCACCCUGGAGCGACGAUUCAACCUCCAAAGUGCCGACGUGGGUGUGAUCGCCAGCAGCUUUGAGAUUGGCAACCUGGCUCUCAUCCUAUUCGUCAGCUACUUCGGGGCCAAAGCACACCGGCCAAGGUUGAUUGGCUGUGGGGGUAUCGUCAUGGCGCUAGGAGCUCUUCUGUCAGCACUGCCAGAAUUUCUAACCAAACAAUAUGAGUACCAGCCAGGGCAGACAUGGAGGACUGAGGUGGGCAGGAAUGGGUGCGCCAACAGUACCAGGAAUGGUGGGCAGUACAUAGAGGAGAUGUGUUCCAACAAGGCCAACACCAACAUGAUGUACCUGUUGCUGAUUGGGGCCCAGAUGCUGCUGGGGAUUGGAGCCACCCCAGUUCAGCCCCUGGGUGUGUCAUACAUAGACGACCAUGUGAAGAGGAAAGACUCCUCUCUGUAUAUAGGGAUCGUCUUUUCUACUCUGGUGUUUGGACCUGCCUGUGGUUUCCUCCUGGGGUCCCUCUGCACCAAGUUCUAUGUGGACUUUGUCUUCAUCGACACUAGUAAGCUGGACAUUACCUCUGAUGACCCUCGGUGGAUCGGAGCCUGGUGGGGGGGCUUCCUCCUGUGUGGUGCCUUACUCUUUUUCUCAUCCCUCUUCAUGUUUGGCUUCCCCCAAACCCUGUCAGACCGAGAGAAGGACAGGGACGGUGGAGGGGAGAGUGAGCAGGCCAUGCUCCCCUCCACCUCUCUGCCCCUGGACUAUACUGAGAUGCCCAAGUCCAGCAACGGGGUGGGACGCAACAACCAUGAGCCUAUCAAUGGCCCCACCUGCUUUCAGCAGCUCAGAGUGAUCCCUAAGGUUACCAAGCACCUUCUGUCAAACCCGGUGUUCACUUGCAUCACGCUGGCAGCCUGUAUGGAGAUCGGUGUGGUGGCUGGCUUCGCUGCCUUCCUGGGGAAGUACUUGGAGCAGCAGUUUAACCUUACCACCUCCUCAGCCAAUCAACUACUAGGUAUGACGGCCAUCCCCUGUGCUUGUCUGGGGAUAUUCCUGGGGGGGCUUCUGGUCAAGAAGCUGAACCUCUCAGCGCUGGGGGCCAUUCGCAUGGCCAUGCUGGUCAACCUGAUCUCCACUGCCUGCUACGUCUCCUUCCUCUUCCUUGGCUGUGACACAGGGCCUGUCGCUGGGGUGACCGUCGCCUAUGGCAACGAGACACUGCGGGUGGGCGAGAAACCAGAGGUCCCCUGCAUGAGUAACUGUAACUGCUACACCUCCUCAGUCAGCCCAGUGUGCGGCUCUAACGGAGUCACCUACCUGUCCUCCUGCUUCGCAGGCUGCACUACAACAAAUCUGACAGGGUGUACGUGUAUAUCCAGUGACAGCGAGAUGGCCACAGCUGUCCCAGGGAAGUGUCCCAGUCCAGGCUGCCAGGAGGCCUUCCUCACCUUCCUCUGUGUCAUCUGUGCCUGCUGCAUGAUCGGCUCUAUGGCUCAAACACCCUCCGUCAUCAUCCUCAUCAGGACUGUGAGCCCUGAGCUGAAAUCAUAUGCUCUUGGAGUUUUGUUUCUCUUGCUGCGACUACUUGGAUUCAUCCCCCCUCCUCUGAUCUUUGGUGCUGGGAUUGACUCAACAUGCCUUUUCUGGAGUACAGAGUGUGGGGAUAAGGGAGCCUGCCUGCUGUACGACAAUAUCGCCUACAGACAUCUGUACGUGAGCCUGGCCAUCGGUCUUAAGGUCACCGCCUUCAUUCUGUACACCACCACCUGGUACUGUUUACGCAAGAACUAUAAGAAAUACAUCAAAAAUCAUGAGGGCUAUACGACACCAACCGAACUGUUCCCCUCCAGUCUCACAAUGGACAACAUGAAGGAUGGGAGUCAGAACCCAAACAGGACAAAGUUUAUAUACAACCUAGAGGACCAUGAGUGGUGCGAAAAUAUGGAGUCGGUUUUAUAGUUUCUGAACCAUCAACAGGACUAUCUGCUACAUUCAUAAUUCUCUUGAAGGAUUAUCGUCUUUCUUUCUGUAUUAAAUGAUAGAACGUUUUUUAUCUGAAGUCCUAUCCAGGCCCUGGAAGACUGUUGCUGCUCUCUUCUCCAAAUUGGUAACUUUUGAUAGAGGCCAUUUUGUUUGUAGAGGUGUUAUCAGCGAGGAUGUCGUCCAGUGCCAGUGAACUCUGUUGUGAUUGUUAGUAGAAGAGAACUACUGUCUGGCUCUGUCCUGCUCCUAGGUGAUUAGAUGGUCAGUAUUAUGCUACUGUUAUGGGCGCCAUACUUGCUCGAGUAUAACAUGGAUCCAGUCAGUGAAAAUGACAUGUCCUGUUCGGUCAGUAUUACUAUGUGUUACAUCUCGUUCCAUCAGGGAACCAAUAUAUAUGUGUAAAUGAUAGGACGUUUCUUCACGUUGCCAAGAAUAUACAAAUCAAGAGAUGUUGUGUCAUUCGGUGUUGCGUAAUUUACGUUUUAUUUUGAUGAAACGAACAGAGUGCUUUCUCAUGUACUCUAUAUAGUAGAGGAAGUAGAACGCUUAUAUAGGAUGAUAGUCUAAAGUUACUGUAUGCUUUCAGUGUCAGAUUGCAGUUCAGUGGUAGUAGCUGAAAUGGUGUUAAUGUCAGCAUACACUGUACAAAAACAGUGCUCUUGCUGGAACAGAAACACUGUUUUCGAAUAUGAACAUAGAAUACAGUUAGUCUUUCUAUGAGUUAUCUUAUAUUAUUCAUAUCCAUUUCUAUCAUUGUGAAAGAGAUACUGUAUGUCUGUCUUUUUGCAGACUCAUUUCUGAAGGGUCUUCAUGUUGUAAACAUUUCUUAACUUUUUAUUUGCUUAGUUUAUUAAACCCUAAUAUUUCUUAAUAUGAGGGAUUACCAGAUAAGAAAUCAACAAGUCUUUCUGUGUGCGUUAUAAUGACAUACCGUAUCUCUUCAAGCUAAACAAUGCAUAUUAGAGUUUAUAUAUUUGUACUUGUGAGGUUCAGAAUGUUUUAUUAGAGUUAACUAAACUGAGAUGAUAAUAUAAUCAUUUGAGAUUUAAUUAUUAAAAAAUGUUUAGUUGCAUCACAUAUCAGAUGGGAGCCAAUGUCAUAACAGGAAAGGAAUAAGAAACAAACAAUGAAUAAGAGCAGAGAAAACUAAACCAGUGCUUUUCCUAGGGCAGAGUAGCACUGCUUGUUGCUUUAGGGCAUGCAGAAUCUGCAUGUGAAGUCUAGCAAAAGGUACUUGGAGUAAUUUACAUGCAAUGGGUGAUAAUCUUAUUUUGUUAUCCCUUGACAUAUUUAUUUGAAGACCCUCAAGGCUUGAUGGCACAACUUCUUAUUUUCCAGUUUCUCUACAGUUAAAGUUUUGGCAUUGUCCCUUUUCUUACACUUUUUUGUAUGGCAAGAUAUCAUUUAUUUUACUCUGGAAUUAAAAAUAUUUUUCAGAAAAUAAACCAGA